CCUUUCCAGAAAAUUCUGGUAUAUUUAGUGUGUUACACAGUUGACUCGGACGCUAUUUUACAGUUUUAUAUGCAGAAAAAAAUCCACAAAUUUGGUUAACUAUUCAGGUUUAGAGCUCGUUUAUCAUAAUACCCGUUAGCUAACUUUUUAAAAGAUAUAUAUUUCCUACCCGUAUUCAGCGCACUCCAUUGUGAUUGGACAAUACACUCUAGCUUGACGUUUUGAUAGGGUGAUUACUUCUGAGUGCGAACUUCUGGCCAAUCAGAGCAGAGAAGAGGCGGGAUUUGUCAGAAUACGGGUUGCUGGAAGAUAACGUAUGCUACGGCGUAUGCUCUAGGUCUGCGUCAGAGGAGAAAAUAUAUAUAUAAUUUACAAUUUUCGGUUUAAUAUUAAUAACUCAUAGAAGAGUUAAAGUGUUAGAAAGGGAUUAUCUGAUAAAAUGGGGAGUUUGGUUCAGGAUGUGAAGCGUUGGGCGACGGAAGAGCUGGAUUUGUCUCCUCACAACCUGCCACACGACAGCUACAUUAAAACGUUAUGUGUCGGUACAGGGGCCUCCAUUUGGAAAUAUGUCAUACAGCAUGUUUACAGUGAGAGGAAGGUGCGACUCAUGCGAGGGAAUCUUCAAUGGUACAAACUUCUACAGGAUAAAGAGCUAAAGCAGGUUGAGGGACAAAAUACAGACACUCGUCGUGUGGAGCUGCAGAGAGAGAUCUCCAAGCUGCAGGCCGAACUCGGCCACAUAGAUCAGAAAAUCAGCACAGCCGAGGAGCAGCUCACUAAUGAAGAGCAGAGUGUGAACAGACACUGCGCUCAGUAUGAACAGAGCAGACUGAGGGAGCUGAUGCUGGACUCAUUCAGGCAGCGCUGCGCUGAGGAACGAGACGCUCUCACACACCACACACAGACCAUCAGCAGCCAACGGCAGGCUUUAGAACAGCUGUCUAGGAAAGCGGAGGUGAAGGUGGUGUUUGGAGGAUCCGACGGCGGAGACGACGGCAUGGCUGCUGAGCCUCUGGUUUUAAGGAACGUCCGGGAUCUCUGCAGGGAGAGAGUAGUCUUUUUCCAGUCUCUCCAGGACAGCAUGCUGAAGUCUUCUUCUUCAGAAUUCACUCCUGAACAGAGGAAUGCAGCUUAUCAGCACUGGCUUAGUGCCGUGGAGGAUGUGCUGCGAUCUCACCCGCCCAAUCAGGUGCUUUCAGCUCUGCAGGCUUUGGCCUCCAAACAGCAGGUGGCGCUGGAGGAGAAAACCGCAUCUCUGGAUGUGGAACGUGACGUUUCUGCUCUCGGGUUUCGGUACGAGAGUAAUCACCUUCUCGACGUCUCCAUGGAGGAAGAGGAGGACUUGCCGUCUGUUCGCAGCCUGUUACAGUCUGCGUGGGAGGAGGUAGAACAGUGUUACAUGCGCUUGGCAGAGGUUCGGGGUCGAGUCCGGAGACUGCACGCUGACCUCGGAGCUCUCACGAAGGAGGUCCAGCUAAGGAUUUUGGGAACGGACGACCUGGAUAACCCCAUGACCAGGAGCGUGUUCGAGUUGGAGCUGCAGGCGGUGCGACAGGCUGCGGUGAGAGACAGUGUGCGAGAGCAGUGCGCACAGCUCCAGCUGGAGAACCGAGAGAAACGCGAGGCCCUGCGCAGCCUCCACACACAGUGGCAAAGCAUCAUGGACUUCAGGCAGCUCGUGGAUGUUAGACAGGAACAGAUACGGAGUCUGAUCAAAGGAAACUCCACCUUGAAGACUGAACUCGCACGUGUUCACUUGGAGUUGAAGCAGUUUGUGUGUGAGAAGCUCAGUCCACAGUUUGGAGGUGUGAUCCGGUCUGCGAACGAACUCCGUAACUCCGUGUCCCAGGAGGCCAAGCUGUUUAACUCGGUGUGUCUCUCCGCUCUGGACCGCAGGAUUGUAGAUGGUGAGAGAAUCCCGGUGGAUCAGUUUUCCCUGUACCGUGUGAGCUCUCCGGCUCUGCAGGGCGUCCAUCAGAGCCUCUGCACACCUCUGUACAUGGCGCCGGAGUUGCUCGUCUCUCAGGCCGUGUCUCAGAGGCUGCAGCUGCGUUUCCUCUGUCGUCUCCUGCAGCUGCGCGCAGACACUCUAACAGAUAUGCAGAACCGAACGGCGCAGCUGCCUGCUCCUAAUCAGCAGGCCCUGCUGCAGGGUGUGAAAAUGGAGGACGCAGACCUGCUGCACACUCUGUUGCCUCGUGUUCAGGAGCUCACACAGAGAUGCUCUAAAGGCUUGGCCUACGCGAGUCAGGUCAACACCGCCAUCACACACUGGUGGGAGCAGCCGGCUCAGUUUGCUCUGCCAGACAUGCAGCAGGAAGGACUGACGUUCCAGCAGUGGCUUCAGCGAUGGAAACUGGCUACGAAGGAUCUUUAACCCUCUCUAUAUCACUGCAACCUGUGUUUCUUCAGUCCAUCCACUUUUAAGUGAUUUUAAAGGAGCGGUAUGUAAUUUUUAACAUGAUGUAGGCGUUUCCUACUAAUGCGGGCAGCAAAGACGAUGGUGACGAGCGUCCUCCGGUUCCUUUUUAGGAAAAAGAAGGAGGUGGCGCCGAGCAGCUCUGUUUGUAGAAACUUCUAAGGAAUAGAUGGAGUGUGGUGAUGUAGGUCAAUAAUCAAGCAGCACUGCUCUUUCAGGGUGU